AUGGGGAAGGUGUUACAGAAGAAGAAGAACCGAUCUUCGAACCCGAGGGUGAAGCAUAAGAGCAAGAAGGCCAAGAAUGGAAAUAAGAAGAUAAACGUCUUUGGCAACGCUAUUAUCAAGAAUAACUGGGACAAGAGAUUAACACUUACCCAAAACUAUCGCCGACUUGGCCUGACGCCUCGCUUGAAUGCCCCUGCGGGAGGAGUAGAGAAAAAGAUAUCCAAGGAUGAAAGCGAUAUCACACGGUCUGGUCCAAGCGAGCCCUUCCAUGUACCGCUCACACAGAAACGAAGCAAGAAACUCCAGCCAGGGGAAGUCCGUGUUGAACGUGAUCCGGAAACUGGAAAGAUUCUGCGAGUCAUCAGCGGGGAUAACGAGGAGGAUGAGACCAUUGAAGUCGCCGGACGGAAACGAAGAAGGGAUAACCCCCUUAAUGAUCCUUUAGAGGAUUUACCAGUGGACACUGAUAUGGCCCUCAGUGAUCUCAGCGGCACCUCGUCAUUUGAUGUGGUGACUGAGCUAGAGAAACAAGCUGCUGCUCAGGAAGAACUAUUAAAAAACAGAAAACCCAGACACCAGAGCAAGAGAGAGGAAGAGUGGCUUGAGAGAUUGAUACAAAAAUAUGGCGAUGAUACUGCCCAGAUGGCAAAGGAUAGAAAACUUAACCCUAUGCAACAAACCGAGGCAGACAUUGCAAGGAGGCUGAAGAAGAUGAGAGCUAGAAAUGAAAAUGAAUAG